AUGGUCCACAAGCCUACUCCCAGUCCUAGUUCUGCUAGUGAAACCUUCCAUUUCGAAAAUACUGAUGUUCUCAUUGUUGGCUCUGGCCCAAUCGGGGCCACCUUCGCUCAUACCCUCGUCAAAAAGGGCAUUAAGGUUACCAUGAUCGAUAUUGGCCAGCAGGAAACUCGCCGUGUCGGCGAUCAUAAGAAGAACAGCGUUGCAGUUCAGAAGGAUAUCAUUUUAUUCACGAACACUGUUAAGGGAGAGUUACACCCACUGUCGGUGCCAACCAACUCGGCAAGGCCCGUCAUGGAGCCAGCAUCUUGGUCUAGCAGACCUACUGAUCCGGCCUAUGUACUCAAUGGCCAAAACCCGGAGCAGAAGGCCUAUGGUAACCUUCCUGCCGCAGCCGCAACUCGUGUUGUUGGUGGUAUGGGGUCUCAUUGGACAUGCUGCACCCCCCGACAGCGCAAAGGGAUUGAACGGUCUGACCUUUUCGGCGACAGUGAGUGGAACACUCUAUACAGUCGGGCUGAGAAGCUCUUCAAGAAGACCGACGACGCUUUUGAUGACUCUGUUCGCCAGAGACUUGUCAAGCGCGUCUUGACAGAGGCUUAA